UCAGUAAGAAGAAGACUUCGAGAGAUUCUUCGGCAGUCGUUUGACACGAGAAACAACGCUCCGGACUGUAAAAACAAGUGGUUUAACAUUAUGAACAAGGGAGAAUACGAGAAUAUUUACGUGAGACGGAUAACAUACUUGUGGACAUAUAGCAGUUCCGAGGGCAGCUUGGAAUCUAUCAUAUCACAUCAUAUAGCAUCACAAGACGAGUCGACGAACGAACGAACGACGCAGAAACAACCAUGGAGCAUGGAGGAGAUCGAAGUAGCAUUAUCGAAUCUUCCGGGAGGCGACAUAGCUUUAUAUUUGAUUCCUACUCUUCAUGGCAAUACUCUACAAAAAGUUCUGGAAGAAUUUCAAUGUGUGACUCUCAACAAAAAUGAGGAUCGCAAGCAUAGCACAUCGUUGGCUACGUCUGCAGAUGAAACUGAACAAAAGAAUAUAUUGUUUGACGAAAAUAAAGCUACGACUCCAGGACAAUUACUCGCAGAAUGGCCGAAUACGUAUCUACUGAUUUCUAGCUGGCUGGGUCAUAUAGAAAUAGUUAAGGUUUUGUUAGAAAAAGGCGUGCCAGUUUCUACGAGGGAUAAUGACGGAAGAACAUCGCUACAUCUGGCAGCGUGUACCACGUCCACGAAGAUCGUAGAGGAGCUAUUGAAACAUGGUGCUGAUCCAUGUGAGUGGGAUUUCCAGAAAAAAUUUACCCCGUUGCAUUGCGCUGCCGCAGCUGGUUGCGUUGCUACUGUUAAAUGCUUGAUCAUGUCAGGCGCAAAUGUGCAUGCCAGAAGAAGUCCACUUUAUUACGCCGUGCUGAACAAUGCUGUGGAUUGCGUCGAAGCUCUACUGCAAGCAGGUGCUUCUCCUAAUAAUCCACAGGUUUGUACAAAGAUGCCUUUGCAUGUGGCGGUUAUUUUGGGCAAUGUCUAUUGCAUCAAGUUGCUGUUGGACUACAACGCGGAUGUGACAGUCAAAAUGGGAAUCAGGAAAUCGACGCCUCUACACUUGGCGGCGGAAAAAGGUAACGCGGAAUGCAUUCAAUUACUGUUGGACGCCGGCGCAAAGACUGAGACAAAAAAUUCGAAUGGUCAAACGGCGAUGCACUUGGCUACGCUCGCCCAAUCUGUAGAGACGAUGAAAAAGUUGAUUAGAUUUAGCGCAAGAGUGAACGAAGAGGAUAAUAAAGGACGCACUCCUCUACAUGCUGCGGUUCUAAUUGCCUGGAAAAGCAGCGAACUGGUCAAGAUUUUAAUAAAUGCAGGCGCAUCAGUUAACAAGGCGGACAUAUUCGGUUACACGCCGCUGCACAUUGCGGCCUUGAACGAGAGCUCGCGUACAGUGAUGAUGUUGUUGUCAAAAGGUGGCGACGUAACAGCGCGUACCAAGGACGGCAUCACCGCUCUUAGCUUUAUCGUAUCCCGUACUCCGGAGGUGUUAUCGCAACUGGCGACGCGUUUCGAUCAAGCAGUCUCAUUACACUAUCACGAACUUGGCGAUAUGGACUGUGAACUGCGAGUGGAUUUUCGACCAUUGGUUCCAUUGGGCGGUCGCAACGAAACGGACCUAAUGCUCUGUCUGGUGGAGGUCGGUCAAGGUCGCAUGUUGAAACACCCAUUGUGCGAGAGUUUUCUCUAUCUAAAAUGGAAGCGUAUUCGUAAGUUUUUCGUGCUCAAUUUUUUGUUCCAUUUAAUUUUCGUUGCUUUCUUUACCAGCUUCGUCUUCGCGACAUAUUUGUGGAAUGAAAAACAGCUGAGCGCAAUCCUCUUCUGGCCAUUAGUAACUAUUAUCUGCUUAUUUGCGAGUAAAGAGAUCUUCCAAAUUAGCUCUGAUAUUUACUAUUAUAUUAAACGUUGGGAAACUUGGCUACAAUGGAGCGUGAUCGUGGCAUCCAGCCUUAUACUGAUUCCUCCAGCGCGUCCAUGGCAACAUCACGUUGCUGCCCUAGGUAUUCUGCUGGCCUGGCUUGAGCUGAUGAUUGUGACCGGUUAUUUUCCCAUCUUUGGCCUCUAUGUACAAAUGUUUACCGAAAUAUUCAUCAAUUUCUUCAAGUUUCUCGCUGCCCAUAUUUGCCUCAUAUUCGGUUUCUCUCUCGGCUUCAUUGUGCUGCACGACAAGUACAAAUCUUUCACUGAUCCGCUGAUCAGUCUAUUCAAGUCGGUGAUUAUGACGAUCGGUGAGCUGGAAUUCGAGUACUUUUUCUUUAAUGAAUCGCUACUUGAGUAUUCUGGCACGGCGCAUUUUAUGUUUCUUUGCUUCGUUAUCCUGGUGGCAGUGAUACUAAUGAAUCAAAUAAUUGGUCUGGCUGUGUCAGAUAUCCAGGAGUUACGUAGUCGUGCGGGUCUUGAACAAUUGGUGCGUCAAGCAGAGGUAAUAGCUCGUUUCGAAAAUAUGCUGUUCUCUAAAUUGCUUGAUUACACUCCCGCGUGUAAAAUAAUACAAGCGUGCAGAGAGAAUAUACUAUUGUUGCAUCCACCGCAUCAUUGUGUCCUACGUAUUCGGCUGAAUGAUCCGCACGAAAAUCGUCUGCCACGAGAGCUCAUUCAGUCGUUAUAUCGUCUGGCAGCUGAGAAGAAAAUGCGACGAGGAAUUUUCCGCGGCGGCGCGCCACCAUCCCAAAACUUCGCCGCGAAUGAAUUGAAUUAUGUGAGAUUCAACAGGAUGUACAGGAAUGACGGUAAUCAAUAGCAACUAAUCGAACUCGUAGCCAAGCUAAAGAAAAGCUGUUAUGACAUGGCCGAGCUAAAGAAAUGCUCCUAUGACGUGGUCGAGCUAAAGAAAUAUUCCCAUGACAUCAGUAUCAGGUUGAAUAGCUUGACGAACCAGAUAGAGAUUAUCGUCCAAGAUGCAGAUUUGACGAUGCAUUUAUAUAAUAACAUUAUUAACAUUGUGUGUGCCAAUUUAUUUUACCUGGAUACCUUUUUUUUUAAGAGUGCGAAUUUAAAGAAAGAUGUGACCAUGUCGAUUCUCAGAAAAACAAACUUCUUCAAGAGAUUCUCCGGUAGUCAUUUGACGCGAGAAGCACCGAGGAUAGAGACUGCCAACAAUAAGACGCGGUCCAUCGUGAUCAACAACGAGGAAGAACCUGAGGAUAUUUGGAUGAACGAGUUAGAAAAUGGCAGCAUUUCCUCCGAGGACAGUUCGGAAUCUGUCACGUGUCACAUCCGAAACACGUCGAUGACGCAAGAACAACCUUGGAGCAAGGGGGAGGUCGAAGUGGCAUUAUCGAAUCUUCCGGGAGGUGAGGCAGCUCUAUCUCUGAUUCCCGUUCUUCACGACGAUGCUCUAGAAAAGGUUCUGGAAGAAUUUCAAUGUUUGACUCUCGACGAAAAUGCGGAUUGCAGGCAUCGCAAGCUCUUGUUGCACACGUUCGCAAAUGGAUUUAUGCGAAAAACUAUAUUGGCUAACGAAAACGGAGCAGCAUCUGCUGCGACUCCAGCACAGUUACUUGCAGGAUGGCCGGACACGUGUCUACUGAUUUCUAGCUGGCUAGGUCAUGUAGAGAUAGCCAAAGCUUUGUUAGACAAAGGCGCGCCAGUUUUUACGAGUGACAACGAUGGAAGAACGCCGUUACAUCUGGCAGCGAGCGUCGGAUCCACCAAAAUUGUGGAAGAGCUAUUGAAACAUGGCGCUAAUCCAGAUGAAUGGGAUCUCGGGAAAAAAUGCACUCCAUUGCAUUGCGCUGCCGCAACUGGUUGCGUUGCCACUGUCAAAUGCUUGAUCAAAGCAGGCGCAGAUGUGGAUGCCGGAUUGUCCAGCAGGAGUCCGCUCCAUUACGCCGUGCUGAACAACGCUGAGGAUUGCGUCGAAACUCUAUUGCAAGCAGGUGCUUGUCCUAAUAAUCCACAGGUUUACACAGAAACUCCUUUGCAUGUGGCGAUUAAUUUGGGCAACGUCCAUUGCACCAAGUUGCUGUUGAGUCACGGCGCAGAUGUAAGAGUACAAAUGGGAAUUGCAAGAUCGACGCCUCUACACUUGGCAGCUGAGGAAGGUAGUGCGGAAUGCACUAGGUUACUGUUGAACGCUGGCGCGACCUGCGAGGCGAGAAACUCGCGCGGUCAGACGGCGAUGCACUUGGCGACGCUCGCCCAAUCAGUAGAGACGAUGGACAUGUUGAUUAGUGCUGGUGCAAAAGUGAAUGCAGAAGACAAUGAAGGACGCACCCCUUUACAUGCUGCGGUUGCGAAGGCUCUGAGAGGCAGCGAACUGGUCAAGACUUUAGUACAAGCAGGUGCUGCAGUUAACAAGGCGGACAAAUUCGGUUACACGCCGCUGCACAUCGCUGCUUUGAACGAGAGCUCGCAUACAGUGGUGAUGUUGUUGUCAAAAGGAGGCGACGUGACUGCGCGUACUAAGGGUGGCGUCACCGCUCUUAGCUUUAUCAUACGCCGUACUCCGGAUGUGUUAUCGCGAUUUAUGACGCGUCUCGAUCAAGCAAUCUCUCUACAUGAUCACGAGCUGGGCGACGUGGACUGUGAACUGCGAUUAGAUUUUCGACCAUUGGUACCGGGCGGUCGCAGCGAAAUGGACCUGAUGCUCUGUCUAGUAGAGGUCGGUAAAGGCCACAUGUUAAAGCAUCCGUUAUGCGAAAGUUUUCUAUAUCUCAAAUGGCUGCGUAUCCGCAAGUUCUUCCUGUUCAGUCUCAUGUUUCACUCAAUCUUCGUUGCUUUCUUCACCGGUUUCGUCGGCGCGACGUAUUUAUGGCACAAGAAACAGCUGAGCAGUAUCCUUCUCUGGCCAGUGCUAGGUUUUACCUGCGUGCUCGCGAGUAAAGAGAUUUUCCAGAUCGCCCAUGGUAUUUGCUAUUAUGCUAAACGUUGGGAAAACUGGCUGCAAUGGAGCGUGAUCGUGGCAUCCAGCCUCAUACUGAUUCCUCCAGCGGAUGAAUGGCAAUAUCACAUUGCCGCCCUGGGUAUUCUGCUGGCCUGGAUCGAGUUGAUGAUUGUUGUCGGUCGUUUUCCCAUGUUUGGCAUCUACGUUCAAAUGUUUACCCAAGUAUCCAUCAAUUUCUUCAAGUUUCUCGCGGCCUACAUUUGCCUCAUAGUCGGCUUCUCUCUCGGCUUCAGUGUGCUGCACGACCAGUACAAAUCCUUCACUAAUCCGCUGAUUAGUCUACUCAAGACGGUGAUUAUGAUGUCUGGUGAGCUAGAAUUCGAGGACGUUUUCUUCAAUGAUAAAACACUCAAGUAUCCUGGCACGGCGCAUCUCAUGCUCCUUAGCUUCGUUAUUCUGGUGACAGUGAUACUCACGAAUCUAAUGGUUGGCCUGGCUGUAUCGGAUAUCCAGGAGUUACGCAGAUGCGCCGGGCUCGACCGACUGGUGCGUCGCGCCGAGCUGGUAGCUCACGUCGAAAACAUGCUGUUCUCCAAGCUUCUCGAUUACACUCCCGCGUGCAAAAUAAUACAAGCAUGCAGGAGGGGCGCAUUGUUGCUACAUCCACCGUAUCAUUGCGCCCUGCAUAUUCGACCGAAUGAUCCGCGCGAGAAACGUCUACCGCGAGAGCUCAUCCGGGCGGUAUAUCGCCUGGUCAGCGAGCGGAAAACGCGACGAACGACUUUCCGCGGCAGCGCGCCACCACCCCAAAACGUUGCCGCGAAUGAAUCGAAUCAUGUGAGGCUCAGCAGGAUGUACAGCAACCAGAGUAAUCAACAGCAGCUGAAUGAACUCGCGGCCGAGCUGAAGAGAUGCUCGUAUAACAUUAGUACCAAGUUGGAUAGGUUGACGAACAAGGUGGAAACUAUCACUCGAGAUUUAGAUCUGACGGUGCAUUUACAUUGACACUGCUUAAUUUUCAAUCUCGUCGAGUGUUAGAGUUGUUUUGAAAACACGAAACUAGAUGAUCUGCCAGAACAGAGUCUAAAAUUAAAGGUAGGAACGCAAAAUGUGAUAAAUCAACAGGUCCAAGUAACUAGCAAUGUCUUGAGAUGUAAACCUUAGCGACCUAAUUUUUGACAAACCAAAAAAAAACUAUGGGUCUAAUGAAUCAUGUAUUUUUAAAAUGAUUUAUAUACAUAUUGUAUUUAUCAUUAUAUAAAAUGCACUGUUAUUUUUUUAUUUUGUAAUUACCAGUAUUCUGGCUGCGUACUGCUUUCCUGAUUACAGCUGUACAGAGGCAAAUUCGGCCAAUGUCUUAAAGAGUUUUACAUCGAUGAUCUAGAUUCGUGAAUCACAGUUACAUUCUCUUUCUGAGAAAGUUGCAUGUUGACUGCAUGCAACACCAAAUCAUUUUUAGUAAAUUUCUCAGAUAAGUAAUGCUCGUUGUACGUUAUUAUAGCGUCCCACACCUGUUAAAUCACACUUAAAUUUAAUUAAUAGAAUUAAUAAUUUUUUGUAAUAUGUAGAACAAUAAAA